UCGUUUUCUUACUUGCUGAGAUUUUUCAAUGAGCCGGAAAUUAUUAUCGCGAUUAUCAUCUGAUUCCAUUUAUCUUAUUUGUGAUUUAGCUUCUCUGCCGCAAUUGCAUUUCAGAUUGCACUAACAUGGAUUCAAGUACAUUAAAAGCUACUAAACAAUUUGUUCGUCAAUAUUCUGACCAAGCUGUUCAAUGUUUUGAAAGCCGGCGAAAGAAAAUUUUGAAAUUAUUGGAUGGUAAAAAUUGCCCGGACGAUGGAUGGAGUGAAGAAGAAAUAGAAGUUUUCUUGCAUGAGAUUUCUAUGAUGGACAGCAAUAACUUUUUAGGAAGUUGCGGCGUUGGUGAAAGAGAAUCUAGAUUUGCUUCCAAAAUUGUUGCGCGCCGGCAUUAUUUUAUGGGGCAUGGCAUUGGAAGAUCCGGUGAUAUUACUGAAAUACAACCCAAAGCUGCAGGCUCUAGCUUAAUUGGCCAACUUUCUAAUUGUAUGGUGUUGGAUCUACUUAAAUCAAUUGGCUUAUCAAGUUUAAAAAAAUGCAUAAUAGUUCCAUUAGCAACUGGUAUGAGUAUUCUACUAUGUCUUCGGAUGUUGCACAGCAACAGACCUGAAGCGAAAUAUGUAAUUUGGCCACGAUUGGAUCAAAAGUCAUGUUUCAAAUGCAUUUUAGCUUCUGGGCUUGUACCACUAGUUAUAAAAAAUGUUAAUGCAGGAAAAGGUUUGGUAGGAUGUGUGGAAGACAUAGAAGAUCAAAUUAAAUCCUUAGGACCUGAAAAAAUUGUUUGUGUUUUAAGUACUGUGUCUAGUUUUGCACCGAAAGUCCCCGAUAAUUUAAUUGAGAUUGCAAAAUUAUGUAAGAAUUACAAUAUUCCUCAUGUUGUCAAUAAUGCAUAUGGACUUCAGUGUCAGACAUAUUUGGAACUAAUUGAGCAAGCAUCAAAAAAUCGUAUUGACUUAUUUGUUUCAAGUACUGAUAAAAAUUUUAUGGUUCCAGUUGGUGGUUCUAUUAUUUGUGGUUUUGAUGCUAAAAUCAUUGAUAGUGUUGGAAAAAUGUAUCCAGGCCGGGGUUCUGCAACUCCUUCUUUGGAUUUAUUUAUCACAUUGUUGAACAUUGGUAAAAAAGGCUACUUAGAUUAUUUAGAGAAAAGAAAACAACUGUUUAUUUACUUAAAAAUGGAACUUAAGAAAAUUUCUGAAGAAUUUGGAGGAGAGGUACUAGAAAUUCCUGGUAACCAUUUAUCAAUUGCAUUUGUAUUUACCCAAUUUGAAUCUCUGCAUUAUAAAUUUUUUACUGAAAUUGGAUCCAUGUUGUUUUCUAAGUUUGUUAUGGGUGCGCGUUUAGUUGCACCAGGUGACACGAAAAUAAUUGGAGGCUAUGAAUUUAAAAAUUGGGGCUCACAUAUAGAUGAACAUUUUAUUGGUUAUCUUACUGUAUCAGCUACAAUUGGUGUUAAAAAAGAUGAUAUUGACAUAUUUAUAAAGCAUUUUAAAACUGUUCUUUUGAAAGUUUCGAAGCAAGUGAGUCAAAAAGUUGUUUGUGAAGCAUUUAAAGUUUAGUUUCUAUGAUAGAUAGUAGAGAAAAGUAUUGUAUUAUAUUUAUGUUUCAAUUUUUUUUAAUUAUUUUUUAUACUAUCUUUGCAUUUCUUGUAAAUAAAUGCACAUUUUGCAUUAUAUGUGCAGUUUCAAAAUAUUUUAAAUGACAGGACUUUUUUGUAUAGAAUUUCUGUACUGAGAAAUCCUUUUACAGAAUAAGAAAUUUAAAGAUAUAUAAGCUAUGGCUUAAACUGUAGGUUAUGACCUUAAUCAUAUUGGUAAAAUUUUUCAAAAUUAUUAUAAUUGUAUUUCCUUUUAACCAUCAUUUAAUUAUAUUUCAUUUUGGUAUUGGGGUCGGAUGAAAUAUGGCCAGUAGAAAGAGAUUGCAAGCUGAAAAAGUUUUAAGAACUGAUAUGAAUCAUCAGUUUAUAAAAUAUGUAUAAUUUGCUGAUUAACUUUAAAAUUAAAUUUUCAUUUAUAAUAAUACUGAAAUAAUAUUCAAGCAUUUUUUUAACUAAUUAUUUGUAAGAAAAAAAAGUUGAAAUUUUCAAAAAAAAUAGUAACCUUAUUUUAUAUUUCACCUUUUUUGUAUUUUUAAUUAUAGCAACAAAUUACAACAGCUGUUAGAUCAAAAAUUAAUUCUAAGAACUUAAUAAAUUUUCAUUCUCAUAUAAUAGAUAAUAAUUUCCUUCACAUAAAUUUUCUCUUUGUGAAAAUCAGGAUUCUCAGUCUUAUAUAAAUUCAUAUAAUAUAUUUUUUUAUUUGAAUGAAGCAUAUAAAUCUGACUUUUUAGCAGAUUAAUUAUUUUUCUCUGAAAAGUAAAAUUUAGGAACUUCCCUAUUGUCUACAAGCAAAAAUAAAAGAAGUACACAUAUGCUUUAAUGUGAUAUUGACUAAUAUCUCUUCUAUUUAUUGUCUUUUCUUACCAAUAAAACUCUUUUUAUAAAAUUAAGCAGUUGAUUUACAAAAUAAAUCCCACACCAGUGAUUUCUAUGCUAAUCUGUGAUUUAAAAGUAAGUUAUUCAGAUUUCAUUAAAAUCAAUUGUUUCAGUAAAGUUACAUUU